CAAAGGGCACUCCACCCAGCUUGGGACAUGGGGAGGAAAAAAAUUCAGAUCUCACGCAUUCUGGACCAGAGGAAUCGGCAGGUAACAUUCACCAAGCGGAAGUUCGGGCUGAUGAAGAAGGCCUACGAGCUGAGCGUGCUCUGCGACUGCGAGAUCGCCCUCAUCAUCUUCAACAGCUCCAACCGCCUCUUCCAGUACGCCAGCACCGACAUGGACCGCGUGCUUCUGAAGUACACGGAGUACAGCGAGCCCCACGAGAGCCGCACCAACACCGACAUCCUCGAGACACUGAAGCGGAGGGGUGUGGGCCUUGAUGGACCCGAGCUGGAGCCAGACGAGGGGCUUGAGGGGCCAGGAGAGAAGCUGCGGAGGCUGGCAGGUGAUGGGGGUGACCCAGCCUUGCCCCGGCCCCGGCUCUAUCCUGCAGCCCCCACUAUGCCCAGCCCAGACAUGGUAUAUGGGGCGCUGCCCCCACCAGCCUGUGAACCCACUGGACUUGGGGAGGCCCUGCCUGCCCAGAGCCGCCCAUCCCCCUUCCGGCCAGCAGCCCCCAAAGCUGGGCCCCCAGGCCUGACGCACCCUCUCUUCUCGCCGAGCCAUCUCGCCAGCAAGACACCACCGCCCCUGUACCUGGCAGCAGACGGGCGGAGGCCAGACCUGCCUGGCGGCCUGGCCGGGACCCGAGGGGCGCUGAGCAGCUCGAGAGGCCUCUAUGGUGGCCUGCAGAGUCCCUGCUCCACCGCCGCCCCCGGACCACCGCUUGGGAGCUUCCCCUUCCUCCCUGCCGGCCCCCCAGAGUAUGGCCUGGGGGAUCCUCCUCCACCCCCAGGCUUGCUGCAGCCCCCCACCCUGGCCCCCUGGCAGCCCUCCAGGGCUGAUGGGCCCCCGGCCACCCCCACGCAGCCUAGUGGGGGCCGCAGCUUGGGCGAGGAUGGCCCCACGGCCCGCGGCACCUCCUCACCCACCCCUCCAGUCAGCAUCAAGUCCGAGCGCCUCUCCCCGGCUCCCGGGGGCCCCGGCGACUUUCCAAAAACCUUCCCUUACCCUUUGCUCCUGGCCCGACCCCUAGCAGAGCCCCUGCGACCCGGACCCCCUCUGCGCCGGCUGCCUACUGCCGACGGCUGGCCCCGGUAGUCGGCCCGGAAAUGGCUCCGGUUCUGACCCUCACGCCAGGCCAGGCGAGGGCACUUGGGGUCCCAACCUCCCUCCCUGCGUCCUUGGAGAAGACGCAGCAGUUACCACUGUCUCUGCGAUGGGGGCGUGGAGUGGGGAGGCUGGGUUCGGAUUCACGGUGGGAGAUUCUUUUCCCCUUUCUUGUGUGUGUGUCCAUCAAUAAAACACACGUGGUAUCCGUGG